CCGUGCGCAUUGUGCUUCCUUCGUGCUAGAGAAUUCCUUGCAGCGCCGCGGAUGAUUUCCCAGUUUUAUAUCCUCUCCUUGCGUGGUGACACCAUCAUCACCCGCGACUUCCGCGGCGAUGUGGUCAAAGGCACCGCCGAGAUUUUCUUCCGGAAGGUGAAGUUUUGGCACGGCGAUGCGCCACCUAUCUUCAACCUGGAAGGGGUUACCUAUGUCUUCAUCAAGAAAAACGGGCUGUACUUUGUGGCGACCACUUGUCACAACAUCUCGCCCGCAGCGGUUGUGGAGCUGCUCACCAAGAUGUCCAAGGUGUUCAAAGAUUUCUGCGGCGUUCUCAAUGAGGAGAGCAUAAGGAAGAAUUUUGUGCUGGUGUAUGAGCUGUUGGACGAGAUGGUGGACUACGGAUAUCCACAGACGACCAACACCGAACACCUCAAGUCCUGCAUUCACAACGAAGCUGUGGUCAUCGAGGCGCCAAAGACUGGCCUCAACUUACCACAGUGGAACCCCCGGACAGUUCCCAGCAAUGCCGUGCACCGGCCAGUUGGGCCCAUGCAGAAUGACUCCAAGAGUAAGAAGAACGAGAUCUUUGUCGACAUUUUGGAGCGCAUCUCCGUCCUGAUGAGUUCCAAUGGCUUCGUCAUCAAUAGUGCCAUCGAUGGGAGCAUCCAGAUGAAGUCUUACCUCAUGGGCAACCCAGAGCUUAAGUUGGCACUCAAUGAGGACAUCAUGGUGAAGAACAUGGACCUCGGUGGCAGCCACGGAGGCUAUGGCUCGGUGAUCCUCGACGACUGCAACUUUCACGAGUGCGUCGACCUACAGGACUUUUCUGAUCUCAGAACUUUGUCCUUCUACCCGCCAGAUGGCGAGUUUGCGGUCAUGAAUUAUCGCAUCACCGGUGACUUCAGGGUGCCUUUCAGGAUAUUUCCCUUUGCAGAGCUCCAGGCGCCCUAUAAGAUUGAGGUCACCAUCAAGGUCAGAGCUGAUAUUCCAGAGCAAAAUUAUGGUGGCAAUGUCCAGAUCUCUUGCAUGCUGCCCAAGACUUCCGCCUCCGUUUCCACCGAGCUGGCAGUGUCCGGGCAAUCUGCAGAGUACCUCGCCAGCGAGCACCGCUUGGUUUGGAACAUCAAGAAGUUCCAAGGUGGAACGGAGGCCGCCAUCAAGUGCCGUGUGACACUGUCAGCCCCAGUGUCCAACAUCGCCAACAUCAAAAAAGAGGUUGGUCCUGUGUCCCUGACCUAUGAGAUUCCAAUGUACAACGUCUCGAACCUGCAGGUGCGCUACUUGCGCAUUGCCGAGAGGCACAAGUCCUAUAACCCUUGCCGAUGGGUGAGGUAUGUGACUCAGUCCUCCUCGUACGUUUGUCGGUUCUGAGCGUUGCAGCUUCCCUUGGAUGUUUCUCGAUGCGCUCAGCGGGUUCGCUGGCCAAUUCUGGAA